CGGGAAAUGGAGAGAGAUAGGAUGGCUAUAUAUUCGCUGCUGCGGCUGAGCUGUUUACACUCGUUCAACAUCUCGUGCAGGAACAGGAGACAACUCAAAUGUAAGAUGGACAGAAAUAACUGGUCUUGUUAGUUUAGGUCUCUAGACCAGGGGAUAGGCAACGUCUGUCCCCCCGGAGUGCCGCUGUCCUCCAGAGUUUAGCUGUAACCACGAACAAGCUAAUCAAAGUCUUCAGGAUUACUAACGCUACAAACAGGAUUUCAGCCUUUCUGAUGCCGUGGCUUCUUAUUUGUGUUGGCUCCUCUCCCCUCUCAGUGGUUGUCCAUACGUCAUCAAGGGUCGGUCUGCCAGCUGUCCUGCCAUGUUCUGUGGCAUCACACCUGGAGUCUGAUCACAAGCCUCAUAUUCAGUGGCAGACCAUAAGUGAUUCGGUGUUUGAGCGAAUGGGACAGGAGCAGUUUCAGGGGGAGGCGUAUAGAGACCGGGCAGACGUCCCACAGGAACUGCUUGUGAAGGGAAACUGCUCUCUGUUCUUACAGGAUGUCAGAUUCAGCGAUGCAGGCAUUUAUGAGAGUUACUUGGUGGUAGGUGGAUCGAGUAUCAAGAAACGAAUUUUCAUUCAUAGCGUCCACCUUGCAGUAAUCGAUCACAAGGACAUCAAAUCUGUGCAGACUGGGGCAGAACUGAUCCUGGAUCUGCACACACAUCAAGCUGAGCAAGUGAUUUUUCAAAACAGUAAUGAAACCGACUGGACAGUCUUGUGGGAAAAAGAUGCAGUCAUAAACAAGAAAGUUUAUCUGGAAAAGAGAGACAAGAAUUUGAUUCUCAGUAAUGUUGCGGCCCGCAGUGCCGGAACAUACAAAGUUCUUGACUCAGAAGGUUUGGCUCUCAGCACAGUGAAGGUCACUGUUACAGAACCUGUGCUACCAAAAGAAACAGAAACUCUGCAAAUAAAGUCUGCAUUGGGUAAAGCUUCAAUGAUUAUGCCAGCUUUAAGCCUCAUUUCUCUUUUCCUCACGUUUCAUCUAAUGCUUCACAUUAAUUGAGAUUGUUCUGAUUUUAACUGUAUUUCUCAUUUAACUUUUGACUAAGCAAUUUCAGGCUACACUGUGGGAAAACAGUUGUGAAAAGAGUGUUGUUUUAUAUACUGUAUUUUAUAAGUCUGUUCUCUGGCUUGGCAUCUAUGAAGGCUCACAAAUGUGUGAAUACCUGAAACCUGUGUGUGUGACUUUUGUAGGGGUUGUUUUAUGUACAUUGACUUAUUAAAAUAAUGUUAAAUUGUAGAGUUAAUAUAUAAUAAACAAAUAGUAAAAGAUCAAAAA